AUGGGACAUUUAAAGAUGCAAAUGCCAGCUGGUUUCAAUGGAAUAGAGGAUCAAUCGGAGCAAUGUGGUGCUGGAUAUCCUAACAAAACUACUAUAGCAUGCAUGAUCAAUGCAGAAAUUGGUUCUGUUUUGGCGGUAAUGCGAAGAAAUGUUAGAUGGGGAGUUCAUUAUAUGUCGGAUGAUGACCAGUCAGAGCACUUUCUUGUUCAGUCUUUGAAGACACUGAGAAGACAGAUUUUUUCAUGGCAGAAGCAAUGGCACUCCAUCAACCCUGCCUUGUAUCUCCAACCUUUUCUCGAUGUGAUUCAAUCAGAUGAAACUGGUGCUCCGAUUACUGGUGUUGCUCUGUCGUCGGUGUACAAGAUCUUAACACUGGAUGUGAUUGAUCAAAACACAGUUAAUGUUGUUGAUACCAUGGACUUGGUGGUUGAUGCUGUCACAAGUUGCAGAUUUGAGGUGACUGAUCCUGGAUCAGAAGAAGUGGUAUUAAUGAAGAUUUUACAAGUUCUUCUAGCAUGUGUGAAAAGUAAAGCAUCUGUAAUACUGAGUAACCAGCACAUUUGCACUAUAGUGAAUACUUGCUUUCGUAUAGUUCAUCAAGCAGGAACCAAAGGUGAGCUGUUGCAGCGGAUAGCUCGAUAUACAAUGCACGAACUUGUUAGGUGUAUAUUCUCCCACCUUCAAGAGAUUGACACUGCAGAGAGUUUAUCUAUAAAUGGGACCACCACUCCAGAACAAGAGACAUGUGAGCUAAAUAAUGAGCAUGUUUCGGAAAGCAGACAAUUCGAAAACGGGAGCCUGACCUCUGAAUAUGAUGAAACUGUAAUGGCUGAAAACACUGCUACUGCUAGUAGUGACAAGGAGAGUGAUCUACAAGAAUUGCAGCUCAUGACUGAACCAUAUGGAAUUCCCUGUAUGGUGGAGAUAUUUCACUUCUUAUGCUCUUUGUUGAAUGUUGUUGAGCAUAUGGGAAUGAAUCCGAGGUCAAAUACACUAACAUUUGAUGAAGAUGUGCCUCUUUUUGCCUUAACUUUGAUUAAUUCAGCCAUUGAGUUGGGAGGGCCUUCCUUUCGCCAUCACCCUAGAUUGCUGAGUUUAAUUCAAGAUGAAGUAUUCCAUAUUCUUAUGCAAUUCGGUUUGUCUAUGAGUCCUCUUGUACUUUCAUUGCAACAGGAGGUUUUGAUGGAAGCACUUGUUGAUUUGUGCAGACAAAAGACAUUCAUGUUGGAGAUGUUUAUUAACUUUGAUUGUGACAUUACUUGCAGUAAUGUCUUUGAAGAUAUUGCUAAUCUGUUGUCCAAAAGUGCUUUUCCAGUAAAUAACCCAUUAUCCUCCAUGCAUAUUCUUGCUUUGGAUGGUCUAAUUGCUGUAAUGCAGGGAAUGGCAGAUAGGAUAGGUAAUGGAUUUGUCAGUUCAGAACAUUCUCCCGUGAAUUUCGAAGAAAAGUACUUCAAGAGAAGAUUGAUGAUUGGAGCUGAUCACUUCAAUCGUGAUGCUAAGAAAGGCCUUGAGUUUCUCCAAGGAACACAUCUUUUGCCUGACAAACUUGAUCCCCAAAGUGUUGCAUGCUUUCUCAGAUUCACCGCUGGGUUGGAUAAAAAUGUCAUUGGCGAUUUCUUAGGAAAUCAUGAUGAAUUCUGUGUUCAGGUUCUUCCUGAAUUCGCUAGAACAUUUGAUUUUCAAGAUCUGACCUUAGACACAGCUCUGCGAAUAUUUUUGGAGACUUUUAGGCUGCCUGGAGAAUCACAGAAGAUACAUAGGUGCUUGAAGCUUUCUCGGAGAGAUAUUAUGAACAAUCAGCACAAUGUGCAGGUCAAAAAGAAGAUGACGGAAGCAGUUUUUAUCAGGAAUAAUAGGCUUAUAAAUGGCGGCAAAGAUCUACCUCGAGAAUUCCUGUCAGAGAUUUACCAUUCAAUUUGUAAAAAUGAAAUCCGCACAACACCUGAAUCGGGCUUUGGAUCUCCUGGAUUGAGCCCAAGUCGGUGGAUUUCUCUAAUACACAAGUCAAAAACAACUGCUCCAUACAUCGUAUCUGACUCCCAAGCAUACUUAGAUUAUGAUAUGUUUGUUAUAUUGUCAGGCCCAACAAUCGCUGCCGUUUCUGUGGUAUUUGAUAAUGCUGAAAACGAAGAGGUAUACCAAACAUGUAUGGAUGGAUUCUUAGCUAUUGCAAAGAUAUCGGCUUACUAUCAUCUUGAAAAUGUUCUUGAUGAUCUGAUUGU